UGAAGAUGGCUGAAAAUGUCGCGCGUCAGUCCGAUAUGUUCUCGAAGAGAGGGACGAUGCUGUAGAUAUGUGCACGUGAGACAGUGCGAAACGUUCGUUUCGUCUUAUAUAGUCAAAAUCCGCAUUUACGAUGUCAGAUGAGUCCGAGUAUGACGUGGAGCCGGAGGAGUUUGAUAUCUACAAGAGGAAGUAUCAAUUGCUGUUAGAAAGAUGCGAGAUUUUACAGCAGGAGAAUGAACGAUUGGUCUAUAGAAUUCAGAAAGUGAGGAAGCUUCUGCGACGCACGAGAAAAGAGAAAAAAUUUCUGAUCGAUCGAUUGGACCAACAUGGAGAUCGCUGGCGCGAAGUACCAAUGGGUGUCCUUGAGGAAAAUAGUGUAUUCCAAACAACUCCAAAAUCAGAGAAAGGUGGGAAAGGUGCUUCUCAUAAUGCCAAAGAGGAAAAACCCAAGAAAGGGACCAAGAGAAAAGGUGCAAAAGCUGAUCCAAAUGCGCCAAAACGUCCUGCUAAUCCCUUUUUCCAGUUUUGUCAGGAACAAAGGCCACGUGUAAUGGAACGUUUGGCCGGAGAGCCGGAACCUAGUAAACAAGAAUUAACUAGACAACUUGCAACCACAUGGAAAUCUCUUAGUUCUGAGGAUAAAAAAGUAUAUUACGAUAUGUACGAAAGAUCCAAAGAAAAGUAUGUCGCUGAGAUGCAAAUAUACAACAAGAAAACUGAAGAUGCACCUUGUCAGGUGCCUUUAAAUAUCACAUAAUACUUAAUUGUGACAAUAUCCAUUCAUUACAAGAUAAGUAAUUUAUGGUUGUACUUUUUAAUAUGUAGAAGCAGGUUAUUGUAUGUACAUUAAUGUUUAUAAUUAUGUAGAAAGUAUAUACCAAAUAUUGUAUAAUUUUUUCUUACAUAUGUGAAUAUGGAACAACACUUUUAGCCCAUGUAUCUCUUAAACAGAGCUGGCCACGAUCUGCACAUUUCGGGCGAAAUUCAGUAGGUGACGCUUACCCUGCCCCUCGCAUCGCUCCGCGCUCAGCGGCCGGGGUGACGAUCGCGGUAUACUCAGGCCUGUCGCUGUAUAGGAAAUCAGCUGAGGCGUCACAUUAUCAUUAAAAUUGUUUCCUCGUUUAAUAAUUACUUUAAAAUAUAUAUGCUUACGUGUUUAAUACAUACAUAUAUAUAUAUAUAUAUGCAUACAUACAUACAUACAUACAUAUAUAAUCGAUAAAUAUAUAUAUUUUAACAUGAUUAUUAAACGAGGAAACAAUUUUAAUGAUAAUGUGACGCCCCAGCUGAUUUCUUAUACAGCGACGGGCCUGAGUGUACCGCGACUGUCGCCCCUGCCGACUGACUUGCAGCAAUUAGACGAUGUACAUGUAAACGUAUACAUUUAACCUACAAAUUUAUACAUGUCAAGUGAUCUACACUCUGUAUAUAACGUGUCUCAAUUAUUACGGAUACUAUGCUGAGAAUACUAACGCGGAGCGGUGCGAGGGGGACGGUAGGCGUCACCUACUGAAUUUCGCCCGAAAUGUACAGAUCGUGGCCAGCUCUGUCUUAAA